AUGGACACUAUGGUGUCCAUUUGGCUGGACGGCCUCAUCAGCAUGCUGCAGGGCCUUUGUCUUGACGACAGGACAGCAAUAUCAGUUGUGUUGCAGGCUGGCACUAGUCCAAAUGUUGCCAAAGGGCCUGUUGCUAAUCUUACAGGUCCAUUGGCCCAUAGUGAUGAUUCUAUAUCUGCUCCAGAUGAUUUUCCUGCUAUCAUUGCAGCUCAUUCCCCAACUUCUACUACCGUGGCUCCUGCUCCUGCCCUUGGCCCAGCUUAUUACAAUGGCACGUACUUCAAUGUGCCCAUUGAAGUCAAGUCCCCACUGUACUACAUAAUGAGGGGUUGUUAUAUUGGGGUCUUCUCAGGAUGGGAUGCUACUGGUCCCAAGGUGCUUGGUGUUUUACAUGCCAUAUAUCGCAAGGCAAAUUCUCUUGAGCAUGGUGUUUGGAUUGUGAAGCACACCAUAGAACAUGGGGGAUUUGGGCAUUCGAACACUAGGUGCUUCAUUCACCAAUCAAAGAGUUUUGGUUCAAACAAAUGCAGCGGGUCUCUCUUGGACGCACCAUGUGUUAUGGUCCAACCAUCCUCACGUAUUGACAAAUCAAAGACUUAUUAUUUUGGUCCAAACAAAUUCAAUGAUCCUUUGGAUGAUGAAGAUGAACCAAUGUUGUGCGGCUUUGACUUACAUGUCUCAAUUGAAACUUUACAAGACUACAUUGCCACAGUCAAGUAUGCCAAGGACGACUUCAUGGCGCAUAUCAAAGCUCCACAAAGAUUCUUUGACCUUCUCAUGGACAAGUACUCCAAGACUAUGCCUGAUCCCAACUUAUAUCCUACCAGAGCGAACAGCGGACUGGAUGGUAUUCUUAAGAUGUGUGGUAUUUGUGAUGAGUGGCGUGCUGCAGAUGCCAUCUGCAAGUUCAUGAGGGAAAUGGUAGGGAUGGUGGAAGACAUCUUGUUGCAUCUGGCAGAAGGCAGAGAUAGUGAACUAGUGGUUGCCUUCAUGGGGGUUAUGGUGCAAUGGGACAACUAUUUCUGGGAGUACUUGCCACAUCUGUGGCUGAAGCAAUUAGGCAUCUCAUAUGACACGACAAACAGCAAAAGGAACUACAACAAUUUCUGGCCCCCCUUUUUUGAGAGGUGGGAAGAAAAUUUGCCAAUCACUCUGGAAGACUCAUCAGAGCCCCUAGAUGAGAACAUGAGACUUGAGCAGAUAGCUAAGGCAAGGGAUGCCCUUCAGACGCAUUCGAUGGUCAAACUACACAAUGACUUUGGUAAUUUGAAGAUAGGCCACCAGCCUGCAGUCAAGAAGGAACUCAAUGCCAUGAAGAAUGCACUUGAUGCACCUGAACCCAAAAGCAGUGUGGAGGUGAAGGAGGAAGUCACAAAAUUGGCCCAAGAGAUGAAGGAAAAGAGGGAGAAAGAGAAAGAAGUGAUUCGUGACAAGAAUGAGCUGCCAAAGGAGUUACUUACAGAAAUCCUGUCGACAUUUUUCACCGAGUUGUACGAUUCGACAGGAUGGAUGUUCAGUGUCUUACUUGCUGGUCCUGACCCUAUGAAUGCUGGCAAGCUCAAUGUCAAUAGCCUGCAUAUUGGGACAACCAUUGCUGGCAAUCAGUUCAAUCAAGCAUAUCCAACAUUUGAGGAGAGUAUCAUGGUGCCUUACUUUGAGUUUGCAUCUCGAGCAUUUUUAUUAUUAUCAAAGGGAACCACCAUGCCUGAUCAGAAUGAUACAUCACUGCCAGACACACAGGUGCGGGUAACCCUGCCAGCCCAUAACUCCCUCACACAUUCUGCCAUGGAUAUCACAACUGAUACAUCACUUGCUACUGUUUCUUCUGCAUCCACUUCCACACCCAAUAUAUUACUCAUGCUGUCAGAACAAUCCCCAUUGCACUCAGAACUGUCAGGCACACUUUUGGGACAGUUUGCUUACAAUUUCUUCCAAUUUUCUCCCCCCUAUCUUCAAGAUGACGACAUUGAUCUAGACUUCAAUAGAUUCUCUCCUCUAACUUCUACCUCAAGAACUACUCAUGAUAUCUCAUCCCGCAAUGUGGCAGACUUUAGUUUCGCUGCUCCACACAACAAUGCCUCUGCUCCCAUGGCAACUCCUACUCCUGCACACACUCCAACUCCAGUAGAAAUCCCUACUUCUGUGCAACCAUCUACAGUUGUGCCUGAACCUCUCACCACAGAACCUAUUAUGGCCACUCCUUCUCCACCCGCCACAGUUGGUGAGGUGUUACCAGUAACAAUGAAGGCUUCCAAACGCAAGUCCAUGAAGAGCAACACACAUCUCAAGACAGUCUCCACAAAGCAUCAGAAGAGGGAGGGUGCAGUGGUCCUAUCCACUGAGAGCUCACAGCCCAUUGAGGGAGGCCGAGUCUCGAAGCCUGAAUGGGACACUGAGGCAAGUAAUGCACCCAAAAGUGAAGAGUGCUAG